CGUCGAUUAAACCAUAGACUUCGGAGGAGUAUUCGAAGGAGAAAAAGCUGAAGAAAGUUUGGCACAUUUGGCCACACAUUUCCAAGACUUUCGAUAACUCCCAAACACCCCCAUUUUAUUCUUCCAUCUCCCCAUCCUCAAUCUCCUUUCUUUAUCUUCUUCCUUUCUUCUGAUUGACUUGUAUUGUUUAUGUUUAAUCAAUCAUCGCACCGAGAUUUUUAAUUCUUUAAUUUUGUGGGUUAAGAAUCGUGCACACUUUAUUCUUCACCAAAUUUAACGCUCUGAGAGACCACACAGAUCAGUUCUUGAGCAAAGUGGUUGUAUAUCAGCUCAGAGACUAUUUAAUUUCAAGGAUUCGAAGUUUUCAGCGUGAUCACCAUUAAUGGUUGUCGAUCAAAAUCAAGACCAUCUCUGUGUAGCUUCUAGGGCUACAUAAUUGUUCCUUUGCACUCAAAGUCAUAUAGAUCUUGGGGGGGUUUUAGAAAUUGGGAUAUGUCGGGAGUUGUUCAAGAUUCACUAGAGAUUAAGUUUCGUUUGAUUGAUGGAUCAGAUAUUGGUCCAAAAAGCUUUCCAGCAGCUGCAAGUGUUGCAACCUUGAAAGAAAGCAUCCUUUCUCAAUGGCCUAAAGAGAAGGAGAAUGCACCAAGAACUGUAAAAGAUGUAAAGAUAAUUAGUGCAGGAAAAAUAUUGGAGAACAAUAGAACAGUAGGAGAAUGCAGAAGUGCUUUAUGUGAUGUCCCUGGUGGAAUUACAACAAUGCAUGUUGUUAUUAGUCAACCCCCACAGGAAAAAGAAAAGAAAGCGACAAGUAACCUCAAACAAAACAAAUGCGCCUGUGUUAUAUUAUGAGAAUCGAUCCCGGGUCAAAUCGUUUGCAGAUAAAGAUUGCUGGUAUAUUUACAAAUGAUGAUACGGCAGUUGAGAUCAGAAUGGUUGGACAAUGAAGAUCUUGAAUAAAAAAAAAUAUAUCAGAAAAUAAGGGAAAAAAGACACAUGUGAUUAAUAUAUGUAUUAUACAAGUUACUGUUCAAGGUUUAUAUACAAUUGGUGAGGCUUCCAAGUUCUUUUUUUGCGUAUUUUUGUGGAUUCUUGAAUACUAUUCUGAAACGCUCAGCCUGAUUCUCUAAAGGAUUGAAAAAUUUGUGACUAGAUAUGAAUAAACAACAAUGAUUAUGAAUUUUUUACGUGACAUUUAUGAAAAUCGUAGAUUGGAUUA